AUGUUUAGAAGUUCUAAAAGAAGAACAGCCGGUAGAAAAAAUUUUGAACAAUCAAAUAUAGUACAUGAUGAUUCUUAUAUUUCUAAAUUAUAUUCUUCAAAAUUAACAUUUUAUCAAUUACCUCCACAAGGUGAAAUCACAUUAGAUCAAUUUGAAAUUUGGGCUAUUGAUAGAAUCAAAGUCUUGAAUGAAAUAGAAUCUCAAAUCGUUAGAAAUAAAUCUUAUAAAGAUAUUGAAUCUUCAAUUUUACCUUUAUUACAACAACAAUUACCUUUAAAUUCAUCAAAUCCUGAAAAAUUGAAACAAGAUAGACAAAAAGAUUAUUAUUCACAUUUCAUCCUAAGAUUAUGCUUUGCAAGAUCUAAAGAAUUAAGAGAUAAAUUUAUUAAAAAUGAAACAAUUUUAUUAAAAAUUAGAUUUCAACAAUUAUCUCAAAAAGAUCAACAAUCAUUUGUAAAAUCUUUAAAUUUACCAUGGGAUUUUAUAACUCAAGAUGAAAAAUCUAAAAUAUCUGAUCAAUUAUUUAAAUCAAUUGCACCAUCUUUACAAUAUCAAUUACAAUUAAAUGAUGAACAUUCCAAAAAACAAUUUUUUGAUAAUGAAAAUUUUAUAAAAUUACCAUUUGAACAUGUUAUUGAUCUUGUUUCAUCAAGAUCUAUUUAUCUUUAUAAAGGGUAUGGUUAUAUACCACAAUUCCAACAAUUAAAAUUAAUCACUAAUGAAUAUGAAAAACAUUUAAUGGAUUCUUUAUUAACUACUGCACAUGCAUUCCCUUCAUUAGAUGAAGAUGAUAGAUUAUUACCAAUUUUACAACAUUUAUCAACAAAUUCAAAUGUUUCUUAUCAACCAGAUUUUGAAUCAAAUUCUUCAGAUAUUACAGCAUCAUCUAUUUAUUCUAAAAAAAUUCAAGAAAAUCUCCCACUUUGUGGUUCACAAUUGAUGCAAGGUUUACAUUCCACAGGUCAUUUAAAAUAUAUUGCAAGACAACAAUUUACAUUAUUUUUAAAAGGUAUUGGAUUAAAUUUAGAUCAAGCUUUAGAAUUUUGGCAAAAUGAAUUUUCAAAAUCAAUGUCACAAGAUAAAUUUCAAAAAGAAUAUUCUUAUAAUAUAAGACAUUCUUAUGGUAAAGAAGGUUCAAGAGUUAAUUAUAAACCAUGGGAUUGUCGUACUAUUUUAUCCAAACCACGUCCUGCAAAAGGUGAAUUUCAUGGUUGUCCUUAUAGAGAUUUAUCAACUGAUGUAUUAACAUCAAAAUUAGGUAAUAUGGGAUUAGAAAAUAAAGAUAUUAUGGAUAUUGUAGAAAUUUCAACAAAAGGUGAAUUUACAAAUGCUUGUACUAAAGUUUUGGAAUUGAAAAGUGGUAUUAAUGAAGUUGUUGUUCAUCCUAAUUUAUAUUUUGAUAGAAUGAGACAAGCUCAAAAGGCAGAAUAA